GAGGAGUUUAAAAGCCUGCAGACCAUCAGGCCUGUAUGCAGCAAUGGAGUCCAGGCAGCUCUUUGUGUUCAGCGCUCUUCUUGCAUGUGUUGGUCUGAGUGAUGGUUUCCUGCUUGGUAUGAAACCACUGAGCUACUGGGGGGCUGUGAUGCAGACUCCUGAAGCAGUGCCGGCCCAGUCAGCAGCAGACCCUGUGAAGGAGCCCUUCAGUCUGUUUGCUAGGCCUGCUGAUGUCUUCCAUUCCAAAUGGAUCCAGGCUGCAGGCGACCAAAACAAAUGGAGGUUUCCAGAAGGUCCGGCGGCUCCGGUGAGCAAGCGUCCCGUGGAGCUGAAGGUGGAGCAGCCAGUACCGUCCAGCAGGGUGGCUGUGAGGUGUGGAGAGAGUAAGAUCCAUGUGGAGGUGAAGCAGGACCUCCUGGGCCUUGGCAAGCUGGUGGAUCCAGAGGAGAUCACGCUGGGAGGCUGCCCGGCUGCUGGCAUCGACCGCCUUGCUCAUGUGCUGAUCUUUGAAUCGGAGCUACAUGACUGUGGCAGCACCCUGAAGGUAUCUCAGGAUGGCCUCAUUUAUACCUUCAAGCUGAUCUACAACCCCAAGAUAUUUGCCAGGAGUCCCAUCAUUAGGAGCCAAAGAACAGAAAUUGAUGUGGAGUGUCGCUACAGCAACUAACCCAGGAGCAGCUCUGAGCCUCACUGGGAGGCUGCUGCAGACCGUUACUGGCUCAUGGAAAUAAAAUGUUUAACAGAUCUUC